GGAGGCUGCUGCAGCUGGGAUGGUGAUUGACGAUCCCCUGGACUUCGAGGGGGACAACGACCCCCUGCUCUCCACGCCGCGCCCCACCAAGAGGAAGAAGGUCAUCGGAUUGGACGAUCUCUUGGUGGAAUUCUGUGAAACCGGCAAGGAUGAGCUCAAAGCUUCUGCUGCUAAGGCUAAGGCUAAGGGUCGACCCAAAGGAUACAAUUCAGACGAUGAAGACGAGCAGGUCACGGAGAAGGAGAUUAGCUUCUGCAAAUUUGUGGAAGAGUGUGAGGAAAAGGCGAAAGCGCUGGACCCUGGAGAGGAAGUACCCCAAUGGGGUCAGCAAGUUUUCGGCUGUCAGAAAUCACCCACUAUUCUUAAUGGCACGGGAGUUGAAAACUGCCAACUUUUGCAAUCAUUCUGUGGACAUGAGCAUUUAGGUUUUGAUCUGGAGAUUGAGAAAGGAGAGGGCUUUUUGGAAGGCAUGCUGAUCGAUGGAUGGCUUUUGAAGUUGAUCCUCUUAUAUGGUUCUGUCGAGGACUCUAUAGCAUCAUGGACACUAACAAAGUUGCUGUACUCAUCCAAUAAGAAGUUGCAAGAUUCUGCAUCUGAAUUUUGGGAUAGUAUCCUUUCCCUAAGCGAGGAUGAUAAACCACAGGUCAACCUUGGAUAUUUUCCAAGCUAUUCUAUUCUAAAGGGUGCUCUACUUAACUAUGGAUAUCUACAGGAUGCUCCUUGUACUACAACUUCCACCUCUGAAACUGCAGUUGCAGGCAUUUCAGAUGGUGGCCCACCUCAAAACAUCACUGCAUGGUUAAGACUUGUAUCUGCUUGCUGCAAAAUCAGAAAACUGCAUCCUGUCUUCUCACCUUCUGAAGCGGAAGAUCUUCUUGUUACUGUUAUUUCCCUCUUUUUGGACCGUCAACUUGAAGGGCUGCUGCUUAUUUUGGGAGAUUGCCUGAAUUCCCUUGUCUUGUACUUCAGUACAAGUGAAUGGGAAUGUAGCUGUCUAAUGGUGGCUGAGUCAAUUUCUAAGAGAGUGAGGAUGGAUCUUAACUGUUUAAGGAUUGUUGACUGCAUCACUGGAACCAAUGACCGUAGCAAAUUCCUAAGGAGCCAGCUGGCCCUUCAGUUGCUCAAAAAUAGCUUUGACCUCAAGGUGGCAAAUGUUGAGAAGAUCCUGAAGUCGGUCACGUCCACAAACGUGAAGGAGAAAGAAUGCAACUUCUUCAUGCUGUACGUGUACCUAGUUCUGAUGGACAACCUGCUCUUCUCGAGCGACGCGUUCCGGAAUAAGCCCGCGAUAAUCGAAGCCUGGCGUACCUACCUGCGGAACUGCUCGACGCAGAUAGGGUGCACGGAUUGGAGGUUAUACGCUUCAAAGGUCCGGAACAAGGCGUCGUACCUCCUGCAAGGCGCGAUCUCGAAGAAACCUGGUGCUGCUGGUGGUAGCGUCUCUACCCAGUGAUCUGAACCUAGUGAAAUGCUGCUGCUGGAAGGCGCUGGCACAAAUGUUGCAGGGCCGGGUGUAACCUUUCAGUUGACAUUCAGCGUAGGAGUUCUAGGAGUUUUUUGUAGGCAGCAAGGGGUGCCAUAUGGCUGCUGACAGAGCUCUCAGCUCAUGUAUAGCAUAGUCAAAGCCCCCGCGCGCGCUGCCCUAGAGUCAGUACAGUAUUUUGUAGGUGGUGAUUGAUGCCAGCUGAUGAUUAGUUUGCCACACUUCUGCAGCAUUGACUUGAGUAAAUGUAUUUGCUAGUC